CCCAGCCCCGCUCAUGGCUGCAGCCCCAGCUCUCAUUGCUGCAAAGGGCCUUGGAAAGUUUGAACAGUCACUGGCACUGCUUGAAGGAAGAGCCCAGCGCUUUGCACUGCGGGGGGGAAGCUCACAGGGGAGAGGUCCCAGCUGGCAAGGGGAGGGCACUCCUAGGGGGAAGCUCACAAGGGAGGGGUCCCAGCUGGCAAGGGGAGGGCACUGCUGGGGGGAAGCUCACAGAGGAGAGGUCCCAGCUGGCAAGGGGAGAGCACCGCUGGGGGGAAGCUCACAGAGGAGGGGUCCCAGCUGGCAAGGGGAGGGCACCGCUGGGGGGAAGCUCACAGAGGAGAGGUCCCAGCUGGCAUGGGGAGGGCACCGCUGGGGGGAAGCUCACAGAGGAGGGGUCCCAGCUGGCAAGGGGAGGGCACCGCUGGGGGGAAGCUCACAGAGGAGAGGUCCCAGCUGGCAUGGGGAGGGCACCGCUGGGGGGAAGCUCACAGAGGAGGGGUCCCAGCUGGCAAGGGGAGGGCACCGCUGGGGGGAAGCUCACAGAGGAGAGGUCCCAGCUGGCAAGGGGAGGGCACCGCUGGGGGGAAGCUCACAGAGGAGAGGUCCCAGCUGGCAAGGGGAGGGCACCGCUGGGGGGAAGCUCACAGAGGAGAGGUCCCAGCUGGCAAGGGGAGGGCACCGCUGGGGGGAAGCUCACAGAGGAGGGGUCCCAGCUGGCAAGGGGAGGGCACCGCUGGGGGGAAGCUCACAGAGGAGGGGUCCCAGCUGGCAAGGGGAGGGCACCGCUGGGGGGAAGUUCGCAGGGGAGGAUCCUGGCACUGCAGCUUUCAGUGCUAGAGCUCCCGCAGCGCCCCAGAAGCUGGAGCGCCACCUGCUGGAGCCCCCAGUCAGCAUGUGCACGGCACUGCUGAGAGGAAGAUGACAACGUCAGUGCCCCAGCUGGCUCUGGCCCCAGGACGAGGGGCC